ACUUAAUUUACAGAGCUGUUUUAUUAUUAUUUUUAGAAAGUAAACCUCAGUGUUGACUUUAGGUGUUAUCAGCCUCGUUUGUAAGGUCAAUUAAUUCCUAUCAUUCUUAUCGUUCCAUUAAUUUCAUUAUCGUUUAUUUCCAACAAUUAUUUGAGUAAAUAAAAAGGUUACCUUAAGACAAAAAGAAAUUAUGGCAAAAUUUUGCGCUAAUUUGUCGUUCAUGUUCGUGGAAAGUUCUUUUUUAGAACGAUACAAUCUCGCUAAAAAAGCUGGUUUUAAAGCUGUUGAAUCUGGAUAUCCGUUUGGUAUCAAACAAGAAGAUGUAAUCCGUGCUAAAAACUAUUCUGGAAUUCAACAGGUUUUAUUGAAUGUUUACACUGGAGAUGUUAGUAAAGGUGAGUUAGGAUUUGCUGCUAUUCCAGGAAAAGAAAACGAAUUUAAAGAUAGCAUGGAGAAAACUAUUCAAUUAGCAAGAAAUUUAGAUGUUAAAAAAGUCCAUGUUAUGUCUGGAAAAGUGGAAUCCCCUUCUAUGGAAAAUGAUGAAGUGUACAUAAAAAAUUUAAAACUAGCAUCAGAUAUGCUACAAAAAGAAAACAUUUUAGCUGUAAUUGAACCAAUUAAUAAUUACUCUAUACCUAAUUAUUACAUGAAUUGCUAUAAUAAAGCGUUGAAUACCAUAAAAAAGGUUGGAAACCCUAACUUAAAAAUCAUGUUAGACAUAUUUCAUAUGCAGCAUAUACGCGGAAAUUUAUCAAACACCAUCAAAGAUUUAUUAGAACACACAGGACAUAUUCAAAUCGCUCAAGUUCCAAACAGAAAUGAACCAAAUACUGAAGGAGAAAUAAACUACAAGUAUUUAUUAAAACUAAUUCAAGAAUUGGGAUAUAACGAUUGGAUUGGAUUAGAGUAUAAACCAACAGAUCUUACAUUUAAAUGGAUACAAGAAUAUGGAUAUCAAUUAUAACAGAUUAAUAAAUGAAUUUAUAUGUAUUAAUCGCUUUUAUUCUAUAACAACAGUAAAAUAUAUCAAUUAGAUUGCCUACAUUAAAUAAAAAAAUUUUAUGUU